GCCAAUCACCUGCCAGCCAAUGCCGGAAACUGUAGCAGCGAAUUCCUUCCCCUCGGAAACGAGAUUCCGCGUUCUGGUGUAAAACGUGACUAUCAUUCAUUCAUUGUUACUGGACCCAUGCCUGAGGAGGAUGGAGAAUGUGCUGCUGCUAGUGCCAUCCCAGUACCUCCACCACCACCACCACCAUUGCUACCACCACCAGCCCAUGGCCUUCCACUUCCAAUGCUUGAGAAGAGCAAGUUCUAUAAGAAGGUGGCAGAGCACAGCGACCCCUCGGUUGGAGGAUGCGAAGAGUUAAAGAAGAUGAUUAAGAAUCAGCAAGAUAGAUUCAGCGGAAUAUUGAAAUGGCUUUUGUAUAACAACCACAUACCAUCCUUGAUACAGGAGGGGCCACAGUGUGGUCUGGUUGCCCUCUGGAUGGCAGGGGGUCUGUUAGACAAUACCAAAGAAGUCACAUUGGGAGCAAUAGUAGACACCGCCAUCUCUAAAGGAUAUACCACCCUUGGGGAAAUGUUCUCAGCUGUGAAUAUGGCCUUUCUGGCAGAGCAGAUGUUUGGCUGUCAAUGUGAGCUGCUCAGUGGUGGGAUGGAUGGAGAAAACAGAGACCGAAUCCUCCAUCACCUAAUGGCUGGACUGCCGCUACUCGUCCCAUAUGAUGAAGAUUUUAAUCAUGAGCCAUGCCAGAGGGAUGGACACCGGGCACACUGGGCAGUGAUCUCAGGUGUUCUUCUUGGGAUGCGGAGUGGUUCUUUUGAGCCGGAUGUGGACACCCCUGGACUGUACCACCCGCCCCCCAGUUUUAUGGCUCCAUCCCCAGGUGACGCAGAUGAAAUCUACCUGAUUGCAAAACAAGGCAAGAGCCUCCGAUAUCAGCUGUGGGAAUACAGUUCUGUAAGUCGCAGCAACGGGCAGCUUCUCCAGCUGGACCCAAAGAGAGCCAUUGAUGGCAAUGCCUAUGUACUACCUGAAGGGGGCGUACAAGCUGGGCUGUGCGGAAAAAUUGUGCUGCUCAAACGCACAGAGAACUGAAAGAGUAUAAAACUUGAAGCGUUGCUUGAGACUUAUUUUAAAAAGCCAUAAAUUAUUAGAAUAUUUAAAUACAUAUACAUUGCAAAUAAAACUGUAUAUUUCUCAUCA